CGGGUACGGUCGGGUUGGUCGGUCGGUCGUUCGGUCGGUCGGUCGCCCGAGCGGGGCUUGGAGUAGCGUACACGUUCGCGAUCGCUCUCUCUCUCUCUCUCUCUUCGUUCGGAGUCGCUCCGGGAAUUAACGUCGUUGCCGGUGCAUCCUUGGCUGGUGUGCGCGUCGCCACCGCACGGGGUGCCUGGCAUGGAGUGAUCUGCUCGUUGCCGUGAGUCUUCCCACGCAGCACGACCGGCUCAGGAUUCUUCGAGGAUGACGGGCAGGCACGCGGAACGAGCCGUCGCCGCUCGGGAGGAAUGCGGAGGUCGAGGGUAUCUGAGACGACCGAUGGGGUUGCCCAGGAAGCGAGCGGCUCUGCUGGUGAUUUGUCUUUUGGCCACUUGCACGGCGGGUAACAACGUGAACGAGCCACCUAUCCUGGAAGCCGGGGGAUACCCUACGGGCUUACCACUCUCGGAAUCGACCAAGGUCGGGACGGAAGUAUUCGUCCUGAAGGGCCACGAUCCCGAAGGAUCGCCAGUGAAAUAUGGCAUACAACUCACGGACCAUUUCGUCGUCAACCCGCGUACCGGUGUCAUCACUUUGGCGAAGCCGCUCAAUCGCGAGGAGAACGAUACGAUACGUUUUCGCGUGACUCUGGAGGACGAGGUACCCGCGGGACAGCAGCCGAACAUCGUCGGUGUGGACGCUUACGUGAUUGUACUGGAUGAGAACGAUAAUCCGCCGCACUUCCUGGGUGUGCCAUACGAGGCGGUCGCCGAGGAGGACACUCCGGUCGGCUCCACCAUACUUCCGGGCAUCAGGGUCGUGGACCCUGACCUCCUGGGCGACAUUAUAGAUCUAACGUGCGUCCCGCAGCCACAGUUUCUGGAUGCCUGCGAGAAGUUCGGCAUCGUUAACGUCGAGAGGAGCCAGAAUACGAUGUGGAACCGUAACACCGAGAUUGCGGGAGAAUUUGGGAUACGAGCGAAUUUGCGAACUAACGAGGAUGCGAGAAUGACGUACCGGACGUGCGUCGGGGCGGACUUGCGUGUAUCUGUUGUCGGCCAGUUUGGCUUGAACACCAAACCAUCCCCGUUCAGAGGCGAAACGAGCGAUUCUCGCGGCAGCGACGGUCUGAACAAUGGCACCACCGGCGUCGAGAUCAAGGUGGCGGACAUUCAGAACAGUCCGCCGGAAUUCUUGGAUUCCUUAACAGGCGUGGUGCGUGAGGACGAUCCUAUCGGGACCCUCGUGAUGACCGUAAAGGCCCGAGAUGGCGACAGAGGCAUGCCUCGGAAGAUGAUCUACGAAUUAGUCACUAACCCAUUCGAUUACUUCCUGCUGGACGACGACACGGGCGAGCUGAGGACGGCGAAGCCGCUGGACAGAGAGGCGCUGGAGAACUCGACGGGCGUGCUCACGCUAAUUGUGAAGGCCCGCGAGCUGAUCGACGGUAUACCCGGGAACGACAAAUUGACGGUAUCGACGGCCGAGGCGACCGUGACAAUUAAGGACGUCAAUGACGAGCCGCCCACGUUUAAUCGGCGCGAGUACAACAUCGAAAUCCCGGAGAACGUACAGGACGGCACGCCAUUGCCGCAUCUGGACAUGACUGUGAAAGAUCCGGAUGUGGGCUUAAACUCCGUGUUCUCCUUGCGACUGGAGGACAUAACGAGUGCGUUCACUGUGGAGCCCGUCUUGGCGACUGGCAGCACGUCCGUGAACAUCCGCGUUACAAACGGCUCGCUUGAUUACGAAAAUCCUAAUCAACGGAAAUUCAUUAUCCUGGUCGUUGCCGAGGAAGUCCACACGAAUCCGAAACUCUCGUCUACGGCGACGGUAACGAUCUCCAUCACGGAUGCAAACGACAAUGCUCCUUCCUUCGGGAGCCCCACGUACACAGCUACAGUGUCCGAGACGGCGGCCCCAGGGAGCCCAAUUAUAACGAUUACGGCGAAGGAUCGCGACAGCGGGCGCUUCGGUACCGCUGGCAUAGUCUACCAAUUACUUGGCCAGGGCGCGGAGCACUUUGCGAUCGACAAGAAAACCGGCACCAUCACCGUCGCACCUUGCCCGACACCCGGCACUUCACCCUGUCUGGAUUACGAGCAACAGACGGAGUACUUUCUCACUUACAAAGCGACAGAUGAUAAUGGGGAAGGACAGACAACGAGCGUUUCGUUGCGCAUCAGUCUGGUAGAUGCGAACGAUAGUCCGCCGCGUUUUCUACAGGACAAGUAUCGUGCGGUAGUGGAUGAAGGUGCAGAGAAAUUCGAGCCCGAGCUGAAGGUGCAGGCGCGCGACAAGGACAAGACGUCCAAGAUCACGUAUGCUCUGGUGGGCGGUAAUGAACUCGGCUUGUUCGCCGUCGAUCCGGAUACUGGCGAGAUCACCAUCAAGAGCCCAGUUGACAUGACCAACGCCACCCACGAUUGGAUCGGUCUAACCAUACAGGCGAGCGACGGUAUAUUCGUCGACUCCGCGCUCGUCAACAUCACCGUCCGCGACGUUAACAACAACGCGCCCAUGUUCCCGCACGACAUAUACACGGCCAGCAUCGCGGAGAUAUCGCCGAUCGGAACUGUCGUGGAGGAGGUAACCGCGACGGACGCCGACAGCGGAGUUAAUGCGGAGUUGGUUUACAGAAUACAGAAAGGAGCUUUCGACGAUUUCACCAUCAACGAAACCACCGGCGUCGUCACAGUAUCCCGAAAAUUGGAUUACGACGAGAAGAACACGUAUCAUGUAGAAGUCAUAGCGUUCGACAAAGGAACACCGAGCCUGACCGGAACGACGACGCUGAUGAUCGAAGUGGAGAACAGUAAUGACAAGGCACCGUAUUUUACGCCCGAAACGCAGUUGGCCGAAGUUACAGAGGACACACCAAUAGGCACCGUUUUCACAACAUUGAAAGCCACAGAUCCGGAUAGCACGAAUCUUGAAGCUUUGAACUUCGCUAUUUCCGAGCCAAUCACCGCUAUUGAUAGAAAUGGUCAACGCGUCAACGACAGCAAAUCUUUUAAGGACUUCUUCGCAGUCGAUCGCGCUACCGGACAGGUUUCUGUCGUUCGAGCUUUGGAUCGUGAUAUAGCGGCGACGGUAAGCGUUACGAUUGUCGUAAGCGAUACCACGGCACCUACGUUGCAGCAGGGACGAGGUAAGCUGGUAGUUACUAUCAUCGACGUGAACCACAUGGCGCCAGAAUUUCUGAAGCCGUGGACUCGAGAAAAUCCACGAUAUCUGAUAGAGAUGCAAGAGGAGCAACCUACUGGUGCUGUCGUGGGUGCUUUUACGGCAACAGACGCUGAUAGUAACAUAGCGGGAUACGCCAUCGAUCCGCCAAGCCCUUACUUCAAUAUUGAUAAUAUUACCGGGAUUGUAAGAACUAGUCAGGUGAUCGAUUAUGAAGAAACAAAGCAGUUGGAAUUCACGGUGGUUGCUUAUGAUUCCGGAGUGCCUCAACUUUCCACGACUGCGAAAGUUACCGUUACUGUGAUUAACGUGAACGAUCAGGAUCCAAAGUUUGAGAAGGAGCUAUAUAACGCGUCAGUGAAAGAGAAUUCUCCGCCUGGCACUCGCGUUACCGUCGUGAAAGCUACGGAUGGUGAUGAGGGACUUUUCGGCGAUGUCAGUUACAGCUUGAUUGGAGAACACGCUGCUGACUUUAACAUCGGACAUGAAACCGGAGAGAUUACAGUAGGCGCUGCUACAGUUCUCGAUAGAGAAGUGACGCCGGAAAUCACCAUAACGGUGAUGGCCAGCGACGGCGCCCAUAUAAAUUCUCGGCGAAGCACCACCGUGCCAGUGGUUGUCAAGUUAAUUGACGAGAAUGAUAACAGACCAAUAUUCUCACAACACAGUUACAGAGCUUCUGUCGCGGAGAAUUUGUCCGUUAAUCCGCCGGCACCUAUUUUGCAGGUACGAGCGGCAGAUCAGGACGAAGGAACAAACGGCGAGGUCUGGUACACAAUCAUCAAUGGAAACGAGAAUGAAUCGUUUUCAUUAAACCGCGAAACUGGCAUCCUGUACCCCGCAGCCGCCCUCCUCGGCAGAGCCGGUUCUUACAGGAUCGAGGUCGAAGCACGCGACGGCGCCGGAAGUGGUCCGCACUCGGACAGAUGUUAUGUCGACAUAAGAGUCACACCUGUGAAUCAGCAUAAACCGCAGUUCGUAAUGCCGGAACUGACAAACGCGACCGUGGAAGUGCCAGAAAAUGCAGGUGUGCCAAAUUAUCUAAUAUUAACUGUAAAAGCAAUCGAUAGAGAUCCUGGCGAGAAUGGUCGUGUUAGCUACCAUUUGAAAAUCGGUAAUAGAAACGUUCAGGAAACUGAGGAAUUUUCUAUAGACCAAGAGACCGGCGAACUUCGAUCGAAGAUCAUUCUCGACCGCGAGAUCAAAAGCAAAUUUGAACUUGUUCUUGUGGCAGCCGAUCAUGGUAGUCCUACAGCGUACGAAACACUUCGUUUAUUAACAGUUCAAUUAGUUGAUACAAACGAUAACGUGCCGCAAUUCUACGAGGAAUAUAAUUUCCAUGUAUCCGAGAAUCGACCAAAGGAUUAUUUCAUUGGCAAAGUUACAGCAGAGGAUAAAGACGAAGGCAGACAUGCCAAGGUUUAUUAUUACAUAGAAGCAGGAAACGAAGGAUACGCCUUUUACAUGGACAAAUCUGAUGGCAGUAUCUACGCGAACAAAUCAUUUGAUCGCGAGACAAGAGAUAAAUAUAUUCUUUCUAUUCUUGCGUCCAACGAUCCCGAUCUUUACAUCAAUCCUGCGCAAUCUGGCCGACCAUUGACUCACAAUCCAGAACACGGACACGUGAAUGUAACAAUAACUGUGUUGGAUGAAAACGAUAAUCCGCCCAUCUUUGAACGCAAUGAUUAUUAUGCCGGUGUGAAUUCCAUGGCGAACAUAAAUGACUUCGUGACCAAAGUAACUGCCUCCGACUUGGAUGUCGGAGACAAUGGUACUCUCCAUUACUAUGUCGCCAGCGCGAAUCUUUACAAAUAUAGCUCGGAAAAACCGAGCGGCUCGAUAGUGCCAAGCCCGUUCAACGUCACGCAGGAUGGUAAACUCGUUACGAGCGGAUACAUGGCGGAAUACAAUCAAGACAGAUUUAUCGUCGAAGUUAUCGCCAAGGAGACGGCCAUUCCAGAAAGAUACGCGAUGACCAGAGUUCAUGUAUGGGUGUUUGAGCCAUCUCAAUUAAUACGAGUCAUACUAUCCCGGCCUCCGGAGGAGGUGAAUAGCGAACGCGACGAGAUCGUUUCAGAAUUAUCCAAUGCUACACAAAGUAGAGUCGUAGUGGACGAUAUUAGAUAUCAUGUUGACGCUUCUGGACAUAUCCGCAGAGAAUGGUGCGACAUGUAUUUGCACGUUGUCGAACCGAAAACUCAAACUAUCGCGCCAAUACCUCAUGUGCUCAAAGUCAUUGAUGCGAAGUAUGAUUUUUUAAAACACUACUACGCUGGGUUUGCCAUAGAGAAUGUCGUGCCCGCAUAUGCUGGGAUUCAAGAAGAACCAUUCGAUCCUGCACUCGCUGCUUUAAUAGCUCUUUUAGUUGUUCUACUCGUAGGUGCGGUUACUGUUACAGUCGUUUGUUGCUGUCUACGCCAUUGGGUGAUAACUGUGCCAAAUGAUAUACGUAAGAAGGACGGCCUAAUUAAGAAACAGAUCAUUGACGAAUUGAACACAACGGAGAAUCCUCUAUGGAUCGAGCAAAAAUUGAAGCUCUACGAGGAGCAGGAGUUAACGAUGCAAGUGUUCAGCGAGCCCGAGGGCGGUCUCGGCGGCGAGAGACGCGGCAGUGGCGUAAGCGUCGGCAUGGGUGAUACAUCCCAAGAUAACACUUACGCAACCAUCCAACAUCCAUUGCCUACGAACAGGCAUCGUCCGACCACGCCGGAUUACCCGACGCUUCCAGGAAAUCAUAAUUUAUACGAAUCGGCAAUGGGUUUUCAAGGAUCAACGUUUCAGCCUUCCCCGAACGUGAUGCCGCAACUGACGGUCGACCGCGACGGCCAGCCCCAGUUCGUUUCGGGGCUAAUAUAAAUCAGCUCUGAUACAUGGGCACACUCAGCCCAUCCUCUCCUCCUCCCUUUCUAUCUUUAAAUAAGCUCCGUCGCCGUACGUUGUACCUCUUUGUCCGCGGCUCUUUUUCAUUGCACGCGCCUCUUCGGAGCGUACUUCGGGCGACUCGCAUGCACACACCUCUUUGACAAUAACCGAGUUAAAUAUUGGUCGGGUUUGUCUUGCGAGUAGACGCGUGUACGAGAAGAGCGACACGACACGACAUGACAUGAAACACGAGACACAACAUUCGCGAGAUCCGCCCUUUCUCACUUGCGUGACUUUUGCCAUUUUCAGUUCAGACUCUUCCGCGAGAGCUUGCGAAAGGACUCAUGAUGAAGAGUGACGACGAACGACACAGUCAAUAUUACUGGAGUAAUUAAUCCCUGUAGCUGGUGUGUGCAUGUAUAUAUGUGUGCGUUGCCAACCUGGGGUCCCGUCUGACUUUAUCGUUAGAGCUACUUUUUAGAAGAAUCAAAAAAAAAGCAAAAGAAAA